CUCACUGACGGUCUUUUCAUCGGAACAAAGAAGAAAUUCCAGUUAUUAAGUUGACUAGCAAAGCUAAACGUCGUCACGCGUCACCGCGCGGUGACGUUCAAAGUUGUGAGAAAAAGUUCCGGGAUUCAGUCUUGUGCGUGUUGCCAUGGCAACCCCCGGAGCAGGUGAAAAGGAAGCUUCACGUUGCACUGUGCGGCGGACCAAAAUCGCGACGUUAUCAAACGCAGAAACAAACGAAUUUGUUCCAUGACGCGCCCAACGUGGUUGUCACCGGCAUAAAAGAACGGCAAUUUUUUUGUUUUUUAAAGGGUGGCGAAAGUAUGUGGAAUAAAAAUGUACAAAGACAGUUUGUGAGCUUUGCUGACAAUAUCGGCGCAGCAUGUUAGCUGCGACUUCACAGGGAAGGGUCCCACCAUGAAACCUCUCAGGCGGUCAACACACUCCGGAAAGAUGAACUCCAAACCAAAGAAAAAAGAGCCCUCUGAAGUCGUCGACAGUCAAGCAACUUUGCCCUCAUUAUGGCCCGUGCCAUAUUCUCCGUCAGCAUCCUCGCUGCGCAAGAACCUUUUUGAUCCCUCCGCCAUUGUUGCUGUUACAGUCUCCUCUGUCACUCCCAGUCCUGCGGCACCAGCCGGGUCAGUAAAAAUCCUUACAGAGUCAAAAUGGACAGAAAGACUGCUAUCAGGGGGAUCAUCAAUGUUACACACUGACACUUCUGGUCACGCAUCAAAGAGUUUGACAGAUAAAGAUGAGUUCAAAGUCACUAUAAGGGAUUUAUUCAGUCUUCCUGCCAUCGUUCCGAGCGUCACCCCAGAAAGUCCUUGUUCUGCGCUUCGACUGCCAUCACCAGAGUCAAAAUGGACAGAAAAAACUCCACUGAAGGCCUCUGCAUCCCUUACUGUGACCCCUGUGAAGACCGCUGAUGAAGCAGCACAGAGUUUGACAGAGAAAGUGUCAUCAAAGGUUACAAGAAGGGACUUGUUCAAUCUCCCCGCUAUUGGUCCGAGCGUUUCCUCCACAAGUCCCCAUCUUGCAGGAUCACGGAAAGCUACCGCAGAGAUAAAAUGGACAGAAAAACCUAGACAGAAGGCUGUGGUGUCCUCCACUGACAUCCCGACCACCAAGACUGAUGAAGCAGCAGCACAGAGUUUUACACAGAUAGAUGAAUCAAUAACCACAUGCAGGAUGAAAAGGCCAAACCCGGUUGAAAAGAUUCCCACCACUGGCAUGGAGAUAGUUCAGUUGUUCGUCAAGAACAAAGACGUGGGAGAACUUAAGGUGUUUUUCUUAAAGGAACAGGAGAGUGGCUUGUACAGACCCUAUGACCUGCGAGUGGUCCCAGACAGCGAGGCUGGUUCCGAGCACUAUGUCUUCACUCCCAGUACAGUUUUGCACGUCACACAAAAGGGUUAUGGAGGGUUGGUCACUUUGGAAGAGUGGCACAGGGAGUCGGUGCUGUGGACGGCUUUGCAGGGGAUCCCCUUUUUUAGGGAAUUCAUUCUGCGAAACGCUGUCGCCCUGUGGUAUAAAAAUGUACGUGCGACCAUUUACAAGCGAAGGUUUGAGGAAGUUCAGGCCCUGCUGCUUCCGAACAUCCCGCAGUACAGAAGUGGCCUCCUUCUAUUAUCCAGACUCAUAGAAGACCUGAAAGUGGCACACUUGCUGCCAUUAGACGAGUCAAAAACGUACACAUUGUUGGAAUUUCAGAAAGUUCUGGCAACUUGUGGGCAAAAUGUUCUGAACAGUCUAAGGCAACUAUCACAACUUCGCAUCUGCAUCCUUAGUAAGGCCAAAGAAGAGAGUUACAAGGUCCUCAAAGAGCUUCAGGAGCACCUCGACUAUGCCGACAUGCCAAAUCAUUGUUGCAAGCCCAUCCACCUGCACCAGGGCCACCUGAGCGAUCUGCAGAGGGACUUUGCGCACGCCGAGAGUGUCCUGCAGAAGCUGGGCAACUUUGCCUCCCUCGUCAAUCAGAUCAUCAUGCACAAUCUUGUGACCGUUGUCCAGAGAAAUGUCACUUUGUUCUUCAACAAUGUUGUGAAGAGAGAAAAUUCUCACAGCGGCUGCCUCUUCCAAACUGACCUGUGUCUCGGUGCUGGUCAGCUGACUCUCGAACCGCCUUUGCAUCUCUUCCGAGAAACACUCACUCGGGCACUUCUGACUGUCGGUGAUUCCAUAAGCCAGAUGUGUGACACUUGUGGAUUUUUCCUGGAGGUCAGCAGCGCCCUUGAUCUUCAGGACGAAAUAUCUGAUGUCAGCUGUAUUCCCGUUACUGCAGACACUCAAGGUCAGCUAAAGGACGACGAUGGAAUGCCUAGUCUCACACAUUAUAGCUGCUGUCAGUGGAUCAGAGAACAGCGCCCCGGUUGGAAGUUGAUGAUGACUGUUCAGGGUCACAGAAUGCCUGGCUCAUACUAUCCUCUAUCCAAAGAACAACUUGUGUGGUAUAUCACCAUCAAUGAUGUGUCAACCGCGAUAAACAAAGAGCAGUCGAUGCUGAUCCAGACAGCAGAGUUUGAGAUCCAUCAGCUGUUGGAGAGAUACGCGUGGUUGCUAGACGUGCGUAUAUUCAUCAACCAGUGGGGUCCAGCCUCUUUGGAAAGCUUCAAGGGUCAACCUGCUUUACUUUAUCAUGAACUAAUUAAGAUGCUGCGCCAGUGGAUUGAACAAAUCCAUGCCAUCCCGUCGUUUAUCUGCUCCUCCAAUCACCUAUUUAUUAUCCACUGCACCCACAUGAAGGAGUAUGUAGGGCAAGAGUUAAAUUCAGUUGAAAAUGAAGUGCUCGAGGAGUUGAUGAAGCAAAUGACAGUGCUUUCUGAAAGCUUUUUGCUUGAUUUGGAUAAACCUCUUUCUGAUCUCCGGAUUCAACCCAAAGACUUGCAUGACUUGCCAAAAUACAUCGAUGUGGUAUGGAAGUCUGUGAACAUGUUGUCAGAUAUGCAGAAACGCUUGGAAUACAUUCACACUCUCCAGGACAGUAUUUGUACUUAUUACAGAGAGAUGACCAUCCAGGAGUUGAGUUUGGAGAAAAAGAUUUUGGACAUGUGGGAUUGCUAUUAUUUCCACUUGAAACAAGCAGCUUCCACCCUGCGUUACCGUCUUCCCACAGUGGCUACCGCUCUGUACACAAUGUCCCCAAUGAUGGCUUCUGACUUAAGAAGUAUGGUCUCUAAUGCUACCUGUGGGCCAUUCCUUGAUCCGAGGCAAAAUGCUGAACAGUUGGCCUCCGAAUUAAAUUAUAGGCAUCUCCGUGUGGAGACCGCCACAUCUAAUCUCGAAAAGCUUUUCAGGACUGGUGAAAUGUUCCGAGAAAAUCCAGUGGACUUGACCGAUCUGACUGACAUUCCUAAGCUCACUGCCCGUAAGGAGCUUUGGGAGCUCACAGCUCGUUACAGGCAAUGUUUACAGAAAUGGAACAAGUUCCUAUUCACCGAGCUAGCAUUUUCACAAGCUCAUGAGCAAAUCGCCCACUGGCAACAACAAGUUGCAAACCUAUCAAGCAUCAUACCAGCCGACGAUGCAGUGCUACACGAGACUUCAGAAAACAUUAAUGAUUUAAGCUAUCGUCUUAAAAUCUUGGCCAGGUUUCGGAACCAUACAAUCAAACCGAAGCACAGAAGAAUUUUUUUCAAAGGUAUUGGAUUGUGGCGGGCCUCUGAUAAGAAUGCAACGCUUGCGCAACUUAUUUGUCAGCCGUUUGACCUUCACCAGGAACUCAUCAACAAGAUAUGUAGUGAUGCGCAAAAAGACAAUUCCAUGGAACAGAGAUUCAAAAAAAUUCAACAGAGAUGGACGGAUCGUAUUUUUCAGCUGCAUACCCGUCCAUGUUGUCAUCUUGCUGAACCACACAUAGUGACAAAGAAUUCCACUUCCGAUGCCUCAAAUGAUACCAAAAUUAUCAUUGGCCUGGAAUUCCUUUUCGCUGAAAUAGAAAAUGAUUUGAUGAAUAUGACAAACAUGCAUAGGUCACGGCACAGCGUAGAUUUUAGGUUGGAAGUUGAAGAAUGGAUGCACCUCCUACAGGAGCUUGAUAAAUUGUUGCAUUUCGUGGAAAUCUAUCAACAAAAAUUGAUCUUCCUGAACAAAAUGUUUCAAGAAACAACCUUGGUUGUUCUUAGAUGGGAUUUGCUGCCACAAUUUCAAUCAGUUGAUGAGAGAUUCAAGACCAUGAUGCAUUCUAACUUGACAAAUGCCAGUGUAUUGGAUCUUGUUCAUCCCUUAACAGGGAACGAAAAUUCUCAUGGGGCAAAGCUCUGCCAAACUCUCCUUAACGACCUGUCAACGUUGAACACCAUUACUGACCAGAUGUCCAAUCGUCUAAAUUCACUCUGCAAGUCGUUUCCAAGACUCUACUUCUUAAGUGAGACGGAAAUAAUAGAACUGGUCUCUUUGCAACCGACGCCUACCUCUCUGUUACCCUUUGUACGAAAAUUCUUUAAAGGGGUACAGUUACUGGAAGUGGAAGACACAUCUGUAACAGUGGAUCUACAGAAUUCAUGCGACACACAGAAUAGGGUACUUGGGGUUUUUGGCAACCUCCAUGAGCACAUUACCUUUCUUUCUCCAUUGGAACCGCAUCACAACCCUUUGAUUUGGCUGAGUAGGUUCCAGGAACAACUCAAGUCAACCGUGAAACAGAUCAUGAGGAAAUGUGCUGAUGAACGAAAACAACAGGCACCAUCAAAUCAAGGCUCUGCACAUUAUCGCACCCGUGCACAUGUAUUAAAUGUGCUAGAUAUGACUUCUAAGUAUCCUCUUCAGUGUCUUCUCGUAGCAGAGGAAACAAUCUGGUGCAGUGAUCUUCAUCAAGCUUUGGAGGACUCAAGCAGAGUUAGGAUGAGUAGGAUUCACAGAUUAAAUAGCGCACAACUGGAAAACCUUUGCCAGUACUUAAGGGAUGCCGUUGUAAGGUCUAAAGGAGAUGAACAACUCUCAAAAUACGCAAUGACAUGUUUACGUACUUUGGUGCUCCUUAGAAUGAAACAUGCAGAGCAACUAACUAAACUUAUGCAAGUGCAAAGUCAGCCAGCGUUGUCUUUCGAGUGGCUGAGUUCUUUCAAGUAUUGUAUAACCUCAGAAGGUCAGGAUCUGAAAGAAGCUGAUGGUGGUACAUGUUAUGUGGACAUAUUGGGCCAUAGACUCCCAUACAGUUACGAGUAUUUUGGUCCAGAAGAUUGGGGAAUGGUGCAUUCACCCUGCACAGAUCAAAUGAGAAUGGGGAUUAUUCUUGCUGUGACAACUUUUCGGUGUGGAUUUGUAAAUGGACCUUGUUCUUCAGGAAAGACAAAUACUGUGGUCUGUUUGGGAAAAGCAUUGGGGAGACAUGUUGUGCUGCUACACUGCUGUCCGAACAUGUCUUCUGAUAUUUUUCAAAAGAUGCUACUUGGUGCUCUUUUGACAGGCGCAUGGUUUGUGAUAGACUCUGUGGAUUCGCUGCCUCGAGGUGUCCAAACAUCACUGGCACAACAUCUUGAGGACAUUUACCAAUCUUUCUCUGGGUUGUCAAGAAAGAAGGAAGCCCAGGAAAAACCUGCAUCAGGUUGCCAAAGCGUGUUUGAUCCAGAAUACUUUAUGGUAUUUUCAGGGUUAACCAUUCCUGCUAGUCCUAGCUAUGGAUGUGUUCUCAUAUCAUCAAAGGGAUGCACCGGCAACAUUUCUCAAAGUCUGCGAUUUUCAACCAGACCUGUGUCAUUAACUCAACCGGAUUACAGGAUUAUCGUGGAGAUAAUGCUGACUUCUUUUGGUUUUAAAGAGGCAAAUUGUUUAGGUCAACGCCUGGUGUCCCUCGUCAGUCUCACCAAGGACUCUCUCUGUCUGCCAGUCUUCACUGCACAAAACCAGAGUAGCUACCUUAUCAUUUUACAAAAUAUUACACUUGCAUCUAAAAAAAUAUUCAAACAAAUUGUCCAGGAUGAGAAAUUUAUUGGUAAGGCAAGACAAUCUUUUGUAAUUCAAACUAUUCUUAAAUCACCAGAAAAUGAAAAGGCAGAUAUUAAUGAGGAUCAAGAACAAGCAAUUUUCCCAGGAUUAUUGGAGGAAAUAGCUGUUGUCAAAGCAAUUCAUUUAGUAUUGUCACCAAUGAUUUAUGUGCCUCAGAAGGUCUCAGUGUUUAGCUCUAUUUUCAAAGACAUGUUUCCUAUUGCUUGCCAGCUUCCCUUUAUUCAACAAUAUUCUCAGGAUGAACCAAACUUCAUACUUCAAGAAGCAGUAUCAGAAGAAUUAGAUCAACUCCUGUUGCACUCUGACAACGAAAUUGUUUGCCAAGCUCUUACACUGUACCAGACCAUGAGUUUCUCUCAUGCAGUUAUACUUCUUGGACCCACCGGGAGUGGAAAAACAACUUGUUAUAAUGCUCUGGCAGGGGCCCUCAGUCGACUUGCAAACAAAUCAAGUGAAACUAUAUCUGAUGAAAAAAUGUUGCAAGUGGAUACUCCUCAGGCAAAACUGCCAAACUCUCCUUCAAAUUGGAGCUCUGUCAACACUGUGGUCAUAUUUCCAAAUGCCAUGUCCCGUGAGGAGUUAUUUGGUGGAUUCUGUGAUGAAAUUGGGUGGCAAGACGGAGCUGUGACCAAGGCAUUAAGAGAUUCAAAAAGACACACGACUGGAAAAUUAGAAAAGUGCAAGAAAAAGAAGCCUUGUCAUGGGAUCAAUGAGGUGAAAUGGCUGAUAAUGGAUGGAGAGCCACUGGGGAAACCUGGGUGGCUAGAUCACUUAAGCACACUGUGUCAUCUUGAGGAUCCAUUUUUAAGCGUAUCAUCAGGUGAAACGCUCAUGUCACCCCGAUCACACUUCAAGUUACUUGUGGAGACCACCGACUUAAGCGACGCAAGCCCCUCUGCGGUGACUCGCUGCAGCCAUAUUUAUUUUAACGGCACUGAUGUGUGGAACUUUGUGUGGAAGAGUGAAAUCGAUUCUCUCCGCCGUGGUUUCACUCUGGAUAAAGAGACCCUGGACAUGUGGACUCAGCUCUCAGAAGACCUUUUCUCCAGCACUCUCAGUUUGCUGAAGAAGAAUGAGAUUUAUAAUAGAGGUCAAAACUCAACGUACGGCCUGACAGAAAUCAUGUCGUUCAUUCGAAUUCUGCGUGCCCUCCUGCAACAUUUUGCCAGGAUUCUCAAAUGCAACGAAGCCACAGGACAGAGAGAUGACACAGGCAGAGAUUCCAAUAUAAGAGAAGACGUUUUUCUGUUGGCUUAUGUUUGGGGAUUUGGCGGACAUCUCCAUCCUCGACUUUGGCCACAGUUUGACAUUGUUGCCCGCCAAGUACUGUAUGACAGUCGUUCUAAAAUUGUGGUUCCGCACGAAGGGACAGUGUUUGAGUUCUUCUUUGAUAUUGACAACAAGAUAUACUCAGAGAACACAUUGUUGACAAAGUCCAUCACACCCAAGUAUUGGAAGUACACCUGUCUGCUCUCCGUCAUGUUGGAGGCGAUCCAACCUGUGUUGCUUACAGGAGAGCCAGGUUCAGGAAAAUCUACCGUGUGUAACGCCCUGCUGUGUUUUGACAAGCCCCACAUUAAAAUACCCGCUAGUUCUAUACGGGGUCCCGCAGACCUGCGGCAUUUACUGUGUGGAAUUAGCUACCAGAAGAGCUGUCUAAAAACCAAGGGUGUUUUGACAAAACAGCCAGGCCUAAUGCUUUGUGUGGAUGACUUGCAUGAGACACCAUGUGAUGGGACUGGGAAGACUUCAAAAAUCUUAGAGACACUGCGACAAAGUAUUUCAAAAGGGGGGGUUCUUGCAUUGGAUUCUGACCAUUUCAAGGUGCUCAGUCCCGGAAUCAUCGCCUACCUUGCUACCUGUUGUGUCUUUGAACUUGACAAUCCCCACUUUAGCAUAAUAUCUUCCAGGCUAUCUCGUCUGUUCUCCAUUUUUGCACUUCCAAGCUUAACUACAGAGUUAAUAUUUUCUAUUCAUUCGCCUCCGCUUAAGCUCUGGCUCAGGGAUGUGCCAUUUAUCCCGAAGGCGGUGGACAUGGUACAUUGUAUUAUCAACGCGACAAAGAAUUUGUAUGAAGAUGUUUGCAAUAAUUUCCAGCCUACUAAACAAAGGCCCCGUUUUUUAUUCUGCCAUCAAGACAUGAGGAAGGUGUUUCAGGGGAUGUGCAUAUGGCAGCCUGUCCUUCCAAAAACAGAGGUGCUAGACCCAAAGUUAAAAUCCAAAUCUUCCCCGCUUUCUCAAGAGCCGUUAGCCAUGGAGCUCAACAUUGUGCAUCUCUGGAUACAUGAGUGCAUGCGUACCUUUGGUGAUCGGAUGACCUCAGAGGAUGAAAUUACUGAACUGCAAUUACUCAUUGCCAGGGCAGGAAAAGUACAUUUUAGAUCGCAAUUGCGAGAUGACUCCAACCUUGAUGCCCUUUUUGCUCCCGGCUCCAUCAGUUUCAUUGCACAGUUCGGCCCAACAGACACCUGCACGCCCAGGAGUCAACAACAAGAACCAAAAUCACCUGCAUCAACAGAGCAAUUCGAUGUCCCAAGACGACCAGUACAAGAAAAGUUUCUUGACCACUUGCAAGAAGUUGUGACCAAGCUUACGUAUGGUCCUGAGCUCCUUGGGAAUCAUUUUCCCAAAAUCAAAUGUAGCUCUUAUCAGCCACAAGAUCUCGAUUUACUCAUACAGAACCUCAAUGCACACAUUGACAUGAAAGACAAUGAGAAACAAGACAUUGAUAGCCACUUCGCAUUCAAAUACAUUUUGCACAGACAAAGGAUGUGCCAGAUGUUGCAUAUUUUCAGGGCUUUGUUAAUACCUGGAGGCCAUGCAUUGCUAAUGGCCUCAGGUAGCGGGACAGGACGUAAAACCACCGUACGUUUAGCAGCCCAUGUCUCGGGCUCCCACCUGAUGGAGGUACACUCUGGUAACGAAUGUGAGUUGCUUAAAAUUUUAGAAGAAGCCGGGAAUCACACUCGGGUUUAUGAAACGAAUACCAUCAUACUGGUUCAUGAUAAUAUAAGCUCCUCUGUCAGAGAAGAGCUGUUGGUGGCCCUGAAGUCCUACCCAGGGCUCUACACAGACCAGGAGCUGGCCAAACUUGUUUCUAGGGUGACUGCUGUGUAUAAAACAAAAAGAUUCCUCUUGGACAGCUGGAUUUUUGACAAGUACUUGUGCCAAAACCUCAGAGACGUGCACGUAUUUUUGUUGAUGCCUGCAGUUGUGUCAACCAACAGUGGAAACUAUCACGACAAGGAACAAAUAAACAAGGCUCUUGGCCUCUGCUGUGUGGAAAUGUACCAACCUUGGUCCAGUCACUCUUUGACAGAAAUUGCUACUCGCUACCUGAAAAAUAUUUUUCAAAACUUGAAAAUCCAAGGCUCACAAGUUGGCCUGGCUGUAGCAAUGGCAGGAAUCCACCGGUCUGCGUAUCAAUACGCUUCUGUCCUUCUAAUGGCACAGCCUUUCAGUCCUUACACAUACAUGGCAUUUAUUUCUCACUUUAGUUACCUCUACAAAAUUAUGAUCAAAGAAUUGGAGUAUCAAUCCAACAGACUUAACAGUUGUCUGUCUCAUUUGGAUGCCCUGGACAACACAGCCAUGAAGUACAAACAAGAUUUAAUUAGAAUGCAGGGAAUUGUUGCUGAAAUACAGCAGCGUGUGGAUGAGCUCCUCGGGGCCAUAGACGACCAGAAAAGUUUGCUUCAGAAAGCUGAAAAACAAUGUGCUAAACAGAAUAGAAAGAUACAAAUCCUGGAGGAUCGGAUCGCUGAAUCUGAGAAUGAGCUUAGACCGUUUUUUCAAGCAGCACUCGAUGUGCUCCAUAGUCUGGAUCCAUUAGACCUUGAGGAGGUGCGCCACUACAGAGAUCCACCUGAUGGGGUGGUGCUUGUCAUGGAUGCUGUUCUUUUGCUUUUUGACCGGCCUCCUGGAUGGGACAGUACAAAAAGACUGUUCGGACAAUGUAAUGUGUACAAGUGCCUGGAAUUAUUUGACUUCUACAGCCUCACGGAUAUUCAGAUGCUCCAACUUGGCGAGUUAAUUAAAAACCCCAUGUUUGUGCCAGAGUGUAUCCGCGAGGUAAGCAAGGCCUGUGAGACUCUGUGCCGCUGGAUCCUGGCUGUCAACAAUUGCAGUUGUAAACGAUAUCAGCUGAUGGUCAGAAAACAGCUGGACUUAAUGCUUAUAAGGGCUCAAGAGCAACUCGAGCAGAUCAAAGAUUACAUGGAGGAAAUAAAUCGUUGCCUCGCGGAGCUCGAUGUCCAGCUGCACCCUGUGCAGACGUUGCUGGAUGAGCAACUGCUACUACUACAUAAAGCUGAGUGCCUGGAGAGAAAUGCUGCUAAUGCUGUGGAAUUGUUGUUGAAACACACACGAGUGUGGAGGGCUGAAGCUCAGGUUGCAAAUUUGCAGGGACAAUGCUUACCAGGAGACGCCAUGGUCCUGGCUGCGAUCAUCUCAUAUUUAGGCCCCUUUCCAGCUGAUAUACGCACCAAAUUGCUGAGCAAGUGGAGGGCUUUGUGUCGGACAGGAAAUAUCGACGUAAACCCUGAAGACCACAGAGAUUCCCUGUUCGCUUCCACUGACACGGAACCUCCUCAGCCAAUUUCGGGUUUUCCAGUCCCUCUCUCCGAGUCACUGCAGCCUCUUCUGUGUCAGGUGUUGGGUGUGACACAGUGGCCGUCACACAAGACGGCACUCACCAGAUUAGUCCUGAAACUGCUGCUGUGGGGCUGCAGGAGGAGUUGGGUUAAAUACUGGCCUCUACUGGCUGACACUCAGCAUCAUCUGGAGCUCAACUCUAAAAAUGGGGUCAUUACAGGGGAAAUAGGAGACGAUCUCAGUCUCGGGCAAGAGCUUGAGUGCGACAUUGUGGUUUGUGCUGAUGAUCCAAAGCUAAUGUGCCAGUUGGACCUGGCUGCUGAGAAAGGCUUGAAAGUCCUGGUGACUCAUAUCGAACGAGUAACGGUCACUCCAAAGUUUCUCGCUGCUCUGGCCCGUCCUGCCGCGAGCUGCCCCCCGGGGUGUAGACGGACUGCUGACCAGAACCACCCUGACUUCUGCCUCUUGCUUAGCACCCACUAUCCUGUCCGACUCCUCAGCACUGACAUCCAUCCCUCCAUAUUGGCUCAGGUGGACGUGGUUGACCUCUCACCAAGCUCGGCUCAGAUCCAGGAGCUCAUGCUGACUCAGCUGCUGCAUUCGGAGUGCAAAGUCCUGCUUAUUCAAGACCUUCAAAUACAGAAUGACAAACAGCUGCUGCAGAGGAAAUUGGUCACAGAGGAGGACUCUGUGAUGGACUUCGUCCUGGAGUCCGACACCACACGAAUGCAAGCACCCAAGUUCCUCACCCAAGUGGCUGAGGUCCAAGAAUCAAUGACUUAUGCGCAGACUGAGUUGCAGCUGGUCAAUGAGAGGCAGGAGUACCACAAGCCCAUGCUGGCUGCCCCCCAGAAGCUUAUAUAUUUGGCUUGGCUCUUCUACCGGGCUCUGCAGGAGGUCUCCCGCCUUUCCCCUACCUAUUACUUUUCAUUAUCUGGCUUCAUUGCAGUGAUGCAGGAAGCCUUCUCAGAGAAGGUUAGCAGGCUUUUAUCAUAUGCCACUGGGAAGGUGAUAGGGGGAGUCAUACCAGAGAUAAGGAACAAGAUGGUGGCAAAAUUGAUGUUCUACUAUAGGCCAUGUCUCUUUAGACGCCACAGGGCGGUUUUCAAGCUGUUGGUAACUUUGGCUGUGAUGCAGAGUAACCAGCUCUGCUCUCCACCGGAGAGGACGGCUUUCCUCAUGGGAUUCAAAGAUGUUUUUGUUGCUCAAGCUGCACAUACCCCAAAGGGUAAUUGGAUAUACCCACAGGUUGACUCUGAACUUACAUUUUUAGAGAAGAUUCCAGCUUUUAAAGGGCUGACUGACUCACUGACCUCUUCACACAAGGAGUGGCAAGAGUUCCUGGACUCGCCUUCGUCUGUUGUGGCAGGGCCAGUUCCCUGCGGAUCUCACUCCCAUCUGUCCUUGAUGCAGCGGGCUCUCCUUUCGAAGACACUGCACCCGGAUUCUACAGUGGAGCUAGCUGAGGCCAUGGCAGCCUCCCAGUUUCGCCCACCUCGCCACACGUCACUGCCUCACUGUGGGAAUCCGGGGGGUCUGCACAGAUUUCUUAUGGAACACGAGGGACCUAUCAUCCUAACAUGGCCUUGUCCAUCAAAAGAUAAGUGGACGAGUAUUCAGCCUCUCCACUUAGUGAAGUUCUUGGCCUCCCUGGGUAGUGAUACAAAGGAGGUGAAAGUCAUUUCAGUUGGAGGACUUUGUGAUAGUAACUUCAUCCUCUUAGCUCUGGAAAAAGCACUCAGGGAUGGUCACUGGAUGGUUUUUAAUAACUGUCACCUACUGGAGCAUUGGGACGCUAAACUAGUGGCACGUUUGAAUCAGCUGUCUUCCCCUUUCAGAGCAGAAAGCCACAUGAAAAUUCUUCACCCAGACUUCCGACUGUGGUUUCUAACUGAAGAAUCCGUUCAGUCCUUCCUACCUGCAUCAGUGCGAAUGUGGGGGCUGCCUCUGGUUUGUGACUCCUCCUGGAAUGUGAAUGAAGAGCUGAGCUGCUCCUUACAAUAUUUAUCGUCAGUCGCCCAACGUCAAUCAGAGAGCGUGUCUGACAACAUCGAGCUGCUUCUGCGCUGUGCAGUCUUCCACUCAGUUUUGCUACAAAGAGAGGCUUACAAAUCCAUGGGUCAGGCCAGAAUCUACAGCUGGAGCCAGUCGGACCUUCUAGCUUUGGUGAAUGCACUCUUUUCUUCCGCUAGUCUGUGCCAGGACAAGCCUAAAGCUAUACAAUACUUAGCAGUCAACCUUGUGCACGGCGGUCAUGUUCUGGAGUCGGCUGAUUCAGAGGUGGUGAGGGACACCGCAGAAACCUGCUUCAGCACAGUGCCACCUCUGCCCACCGGACCCCACAUUCUUGCCAAUCUUUUCUGCAACACUGAGCACCGUGAUUUUGCCAAACUCCGACGAAUGUGGGAUCGACAGCUGCUGUACUCGGUGCAAGUCAGCGAGCCACUUCUCUUGGGUUUCAGCGCUGACAUGAAAUCUGAAAUAGUAAAAAUCAACAGUCACAAUCUGAACAAGCUGCUCCAGGUCUGCCAGACUAUGGACCCUGGAUUAGCCUCUGGUUCCAACCUUUCUGUGUUGGUGACGUUGCCAGAAUUUAGCCAGGCAAAAGAGCAACUGGAUGCGUUGCAUGAUUACCUCACCCAUCAAAACGAAACCCGAUUAAGAAACGCCGGAGCUGUUUUCCAAAGUCCCUUGUAUGACUUCCUCCUGGCUGAGUGGCAUGAGCUGAGCAUCUCAGUCUCCGUGCUGCUCUCUCAGCUCCGUCGGCCACUUCAAUACAUAACUGCGAGCUUCCUGUCACUCCCCACGCUCGUCUCAUUGUCGCGUUUGCAGAGACGGGCGGAGCUUCUCAGCUCUUACCUGUGGCGCGACAACACUACAGCGCCUCGCGCUACCUACCGACUGUCCGCUUUCUCCAACGCCAAAGGCUUUCUGGUGGCGCUGAUGAGAAAGGCCGCCCACGCGCAUCACAAGUACAUCAGCGAUAUCGCUCUGCACCUUGAGGUUCGUGACGAUCCAUUAUUCACCCCACUUCCAAAGGAUAUAGUUUACCUGUGUGGACUGGAGUUAAGAGGAGCAUCGUGGGAUCUGGACAGGGCCGCCUUAGAAAACACAUCUUCCCCUCAGCCAUGCUCCAUGCCACUCAUUAGCGUCAGGGCACAAGUGAAAGACACACACGUCCCUCGUUCACACAGCUACGAUCAAGUCUAUCAUUGUCCGAUUUAUCUGGAGGACUUGGACACCGGAGAGGAAGGGGGGGAUGGCUUUAACGUAGUCACAACAGUUCCGCUUGCUAGCGCGUUAGAGCCUUCUUUGUGUAGUUUAAGGAAGGUUCGGCUCGUGAGUCGGCUUUUUGACACGUAGGUUUAUUUCCAUGUUUUCGCACAGAUAUCCCCCAAAAUCGCUGCGUCUGAGGAGUAACAGUAGAAAGAGCAUUUAUCCCACAACUCCCUUCACCCUAACAGGGUGAAAGAAGUGGUUAAUUUAGCGCCUCCCAUAAUUCCAUCAAAGGAAAACUGCAGGGUAAACUCUAAUUCCGUGGUGGCGCAUUUUAUCCAGAACAAGGUGGAAACCUACCAGCUUUUACAGAAAUGUUCAUUGAAUUGUUUAACUGAUAUCCUGAUUAUUUUUGUACAAUAUUAUCUAUUCAAACACAAAUGUACGGAUGUGGUAUUGGCAUACUAGCUCUUAAGAUUACUUUUGUUCAUGUUGCUAUUUCAUUAAAAAGGUUGUCUUGUCAUUGUGGUAACUGACGACCAUUUGUUUGAUUUAUCACACAAGUUGCAAUGACAGUGAACAUCGUACUGGACUGUGACGGAUUUAAUUCUGAAAUCUCAUUCUUUAAUUGAUUUAAAAACUAACCAAACUAAAAUCUUGUUCCCUUUGUCUGACCAGUCAUCAUCUGACUGGUGUACUGGACCUUUGUAACUUCACAGGUUAUUGGUAUAUAUGGAACCUUCUGGUAGUUGUGUUUGGACCAUAUACAGUUCUACCACCUAUUUCCCCUCUUUCAUAUUGCAUUUAUGUUGAAUUCACUAACCAUCAGCUGCAUUUUUUGUAAAUAAUGUGGCAGAAUUUGGAUGCAUUGUUCAGCAUGAUGACUUUUGUUAAGGUCUUCUUGUCCUUCUGACUCCUCCUCUAGGCAACAUGGACAGACACCACUAUGAAACGUUUGAGAAGUUCGGCAACAACACUUUCCUACUGCACCUUGACAACGGUCGGGCGUUUGGCCGUCACUCCAAAGAUGAACUGUCAAUUUUGGUGCCUUUAGAGCAGUGCUGCAG